GGAAACCAUAUAAUUCAUCAGGAACAGAUAAAUCCUGAAGAUAUCAACUCGGCGGUAUCCCAUAAGGAUAAAGGGGCAAUCAUGAAAUCUAAAACGGGAAACGCCGAAGUAAAGAAUAGAAUCCUGAGCGCUAAUAGAAAGAAGAUAACCGAGAAGAACAAAAAUGACGCCGUAGCCAUGAAGAAUUAA